AUGUCGGAAAAGGAGCUGAAAUUCGAUUCAAGCGACCCUCCUGCGUACAACCAUGCUAAUGUUUACAAUGUUGACCUUGAGAAGGGACUUCCUUUGUAUACACCAAAAGACAUAAACAAAACUUCCAAUUCAACUUCUGUCAAAGCCAAACAAAGCAAAAAAACGAUAAUUACUGAAUUUGAUAGCUUCAAUGAUUUCUUUACCGACUUUAGGAAGAAGACAGAUCAUUAUUUCCCUGAAAAUGUAGUCGUUAAAAGUAAAUCGAUGUUUUUCUGUUUGAUAUUGGCUUUAUCAUUCCUUUGUACAUUAGCAAUCUCCUAUCGUUUCGAACUAUUUUCUUUUCUGAAACAAGUAUAUAUGGAAAAUGGAUACAGUUUGGCCCUUCUUGGACCUUUAGGCAUUUGGCUUGUGAUAUGGGCAAUAUUCUUUGCUCUUUUCUAUGCACUUAUUUGGCCUUUCAUAUUGACAAUACGGAUUGCCGCUAAAGUUAUAAUCUUUAUCGUGGUUGGUCUUGGUAACGGUCUUGCAUGGUUCGUUAGUGUUGGCUUCGAAGGUCUCGCAUGGUUCGUUGGUGCUAUCUUUUGGGGAAUUUAUAACGUUCUUGUUUUUGGCCUUGGAAUGGGAUUUGAGCGCUCAGCUGAAAACACCGGUUCGCCUACGCUUCCCAGAUAUCAACAGAGAGAUGAUGCAUUAGCUCCUCCGCCGACAAACACGAAUGAAGAAAUCGAGCUUCAGAGCAAUCCUACCACUCAAAGUUAAUGCCUACUUAUUUGCCUUUCUUUUCUCACGAGUCUUAACUCUUCCGAUUGAAAGUCAG